AUGAUUGGUAACAGUGUGGAUCACGUGAACCUCGAGGAUUUUAACGAACAAACCGCGCGGAACUGGUUGCGGACUGAUUGGACUGCACGUCGUGCGAUUCUGGACGAUUUAGUCAAUAAGCAGCUGCUGAAAAAAGCUGAGCAUGCAGGCCUUGUUCUGUACAACUACACAGACAAGUGUGAUAGAACCAAGGCAUGGUCAACCGCUACGAUUAAUGCCCGUGGAACCAUUUUUGAUGAUAAUACAGGAGUUGUGGUUGGGCGUGCAUUUAGCAAGUUCUUCAACAUUGGCGAACACGAAGUAUCCAAGUUCGAAAAUUUGCCGACUGAUCAACCGUCCAUUCUUGAAAAGCUGGACGGAUCCUUGGGCAUUCAUUAUCGCAACAAUAAUAAGCACUGCAUUGCGACACGAGGAUCCUUCAUUUCCCCACAAGCUGAACAUGCAACUGCUCAACUGAACUCCGCGAAGUACAUCGUGGAUAACAUCCCGCAUAACAUAAACAUCCUUCUGGAAAUAAUAUAUCCAGAAAAUAGAGUUGUCAUUGAUUACGGUUCGAGAGAUGAGUUGGUUUUGCUGAGCGCCUAUUAUCUGGACAGCCUUGAAGAAUUGACCGCAUCCGAGCUGCUUGAAUUGUCUGUGAAAACUCAAAUACCUCUCCCUCAACAAACAACCGGAACAAUAUUAGAAAUGAUCGAAAGAGCGGCCACCAUACGUGGAAAUGAAGAAGGAUGGGUCGUAAAAUAUAAUAACGGCCUCCGUGUGAAAGUGAAGGGUCUUGAGUUCAAGAGACUGCAUGCGUUAAAAGGGGAUGUUUCACCACUGCGUGUUUGGACUUUACUAUCUUCACACGCUGUCAAGGAAAAUCAAUUUGAAGCAUUCUUACAAAAAAGCCUUGAAGAUUGGGAAAUGAAGCAAGAAGCGAAACAAAUUUAUGAUCGCUUCACGUCAGAUAUCCAAAUGUUAGAAGGCGCUGGAAAACGCAUACUAGCCGAACUUGCGAUCGAUCGCACCAAGAUCACAGACAGAGCAUAUCGAGCAGAAGCAAUGAAGAAAAUCAAUAAACUCACAACUCCUUUACGUAGGUACCUGAUCGCAAGCGUAUCCGGAUCCAACGAGUAUGACAUAUUGUGGAACAUGUUGAAGCCAGUGAAUAAUCGGUUUAUUGAAACAAAAGAAUUGAUAAAAUGA